AUGAGAUUCUGGCUUCUUCUGACUUCGUUCCUGGUGCAAGCCCACCGAGAGUCUCAGAACUUCGCCGUGCAACUCGACGAGGAAAUCGAAGAGCCUGCACCCACGAUUUUGGCUUCGCCUGAGAACUGGUCCAGCGUGCUUGGGUCCAUCGAAUUAGAGCCCCUUCGAGUGCAUCUCCUUCCAGGGGUCUACAGCAAUGUAUCCUUUGUGCUGCCACCCGGUGCCACGCUGGAGUUGCAGGGUGAGCCGGGCACGAAGAUUGGGGAGUUAGUUGUGUCGACGGCCAAGACCACCCCGCCGGGCGCCAGGCCGAACGCAGCCGAGCUGAUCCUGAAAACACUCCUACUGACGAGCGCAGUGUGCGAGGAUGCGCUGGCAUUGUCUUCUCUGGCACUGGUCGAUGUGGCAGUGAAAUUAUUACGUCAUCGUCUAGAAGCAACGGCAGCUCUCUCCAUCACCAAAUCACGUCUUGAGGAGACGUAUCUUCUGUCUUCUAGAUGCUCUUCAGCAGGCUUGCUCACAAUCCAACGCUCAGUCCUGAUGCACAUACACGGCUGUGCUACGGAGGCAAAAGUCAUCGACUCCACCAUCAGGAGCGCAGAAGACAGCGAGAGAAGCACUCUUCGCACUGACAGUGCAUUUAUUUCGGGGUCGAAAUUCGUUGCCUUUGACUCGGGCAGCCUUGUUCGUGACGUCCGCAAGCUUGGUGUCCUUGUCAGUUCGACCCUGGAAAGCACCAGAGUCCACACAGGUUGCAACUUUAGCAUCAGCAACUCCACCAUCUCCGGUGCCUACCAUUUCAGCUUGAAUGCAGCAGGUGCAGGUCGGUGCCACAAACGGGUUGAGACCUCGUAUUUUGGUCGUUGUCCUGGAUCCUGCAUCGUUGGCUCCAUGUACAAUGCUUCCGUCUCUGUGCUGAACUCCUCCAUGCAGACUGGGAUGGAGUUUCGGGGUGCCGGUUUGCACAUGGAGAUGCGCGACCUGGACGUCUUCCAUGUCCACUCCACAUUCCUGGCCUGCUGUGGUGGUUGGGACACGUUAGGUCUCAAGACACUAGAUGCGAGCAUUUCCUUCCUGAGAUUUCGGAACGUGUGGAAUCCGGUCAGCAUCCACGCGAACAACUGGACGCUGGCCAUGCGCAACGUCACAAUGGAACAGGUGACACUGGCAGGUUUGGUGGUGGAAGCCGAGGAUGAGAUGGGCCGCGGCGUUGCUCAACUUCACGAUGUGUCCAUGAGCAACAUCCUUGGAGUCGGGUUAGUCCUGGACCAGACACUCGCAAACAUCAGGGGCAUGACUUGCAGAGCGUGCAACGUUGCAAUCGAAGCCAGGGACUCUUCUCUUAGCAUGACUGGCGUGGACAUCCUGGGCCGGCACAAGCAAAGCAAUGGCAUCGUGCUUAAGUCGUCCCUUCUAGAAGCCAGCGACGUUUGCAUGACAAAUCUGGCUGCUGGCCUCUUGCUGAACUCUUCGACGGUACACCCGGAGGACACGUUCAUCACAGACAAUGCUUUGGGAGUCCUGCCAGUAAACACAACGGGAACUAUCAAUGGCUUCAUCUACUUCAAUGAUGCAGCAGACGAGCUGUGCUCGGGCCAUCCGUUGGUCUGUCCCAAAGUGGGGCACGAGGCCACGGCUAUGCAGUUGCACUACGCAAAGGCCCUACUGCUCUCCUUGUUUGGCUGCAUUUUUUGCCACCAUCUCCGCCGUCCAGGGUCUCAAGCACUUCUAUAUCAAGAAGAAGGCACUAUCCAAGCGGAUGUUCUUCUGGAUGCUCGGAUGCAGCCUGUGGCCCGUGGUGAUGCUCGGCGCCGUAGACGUCCUAUUGGUCACCCGGCGCGCGGUGCAUGA